GGAAUCGAAGUUAAAGCCGUUCAUACGGUGUAAAUACUCAAUCAAGCAAGGAGCUUGUGGAUUCAGAUCAAACUUUUUUACAAACCUGGAUCCAAAAUGCUCCGGGUGAUUGUGGUAGGCUGCCUGUUGGUGCACUUCAGUGCCGGUGUUCCCUUCCCAUUUGCUGCUCCUGGCAAGAAUUGCGAUUUGGUGCGCUCCUCCCGUAACACGGGUGAAUGCUUCAAUGAACCGGAAUGUUCCAAUCAAUGCCGGACCAUCAAUGAGCAGCAAUGCAGCACGGUCAACCGACAGCAAUGUAACACCGUCAACGAGCAGCAGUGCCAAAACAUCAAUGAACAAAAAUGUAGUACCAAGGUGGAUCGCCAAUGUUCGACCGUGAAUGACCGCCAAUGCUCGACGGUCAACAAACAGCAAUGUAGUACGGUCAACGAGCAGCAAUGUAACACGGUUAAUGAGAGGAAAUGCAACACGGUUAACAAGCAAAAAUGCGACACGGUCAAUGAGCGACAAUGCAAAACGGUCAACAAGCAGCAAUGCAAUACGAUCAACGAACAACAGUGCUCCACGGUCAAUGAACAGCAGUGUUCAACGGUCAACGAGCAGAAAUGUACUCAAGUGCCGCAAACGACCAAUGAGCAGCAAUGCAAUACCGUCAACGAGCAGCAAUGUAACACGGUCAACGAGCAACAAUGCUCCACAGUCAAUGAGCAGAAAUGUUCCCAGGUCCCGCAAACCAUCAAUGAGCAGAAAUGUACCACCGUUAAUGAGAAGCAAUGCUCCACGGUAAACGAGAAUAAGUGCUCUACCACCUAUGAACAACAAUGCUCCACCGUCACCGACCAACAAUGUUCCACCGUGAAUGAACAACAAUGCUCCACCGUAAAUAAACAACAAUGUAACACCGUCACCGAGCAACAAUGCUCCACGGUCAAUAAGCAGGAAUGUUCCACUACCUAUGAACAACAAUGCUCAACAACUUACUCAACAGUGAACAAGAAUCAAUGCUCAACUGUCCACGAAAAGGUGUGCAAAACUGUGCAUGAAACUGAAUGUUCCAGCGGGAGAGGCAGCCACGGUGGAUACCAUAGCAAGAGAUGGAAGCGAAGCCCUCAUUUCUAUAAGAAACAUGGAAGCACCCGUAGCCACCGCAGGAGCUAUGGUCACUCUCAAAAAAGCUAUGGCGGGAAACAGAAUUGCCGCUCGGUUCCCAAGCAGAAAUGCUCAUCCGUUCCCAAGCGGAAGUGUUCCAACACUCAGCAAAAGGUUCCAAAGCAGGAAUGUCGCAAGGUACCCAAACAGUCCUGUCGAUCUGUGCCCAAGAAGGAAUGUCGACCUGUAUCUCGACAACAAUGCAACAAUGUCCCUCAAAAACAAUGUCGCAAUGUCCCAAGGCAGCAAUGCCGCCCUGUUUCCCGUCAACAAUGCCAGAAGGUACCCAAACAACAAUGCCGAAAUAUUCCCCGACAAGAGUGCCGAAACGUUCCUCGUCAACAAUGCCAAAACGUACCCCGGACCACAUACAAACAACAAUGCUCCAACGUACCCCGCCAGCAAUGCCGAAAUGUGCCCAAAAAGCAGUGCAAAAACGUGGCUCGGCAGCAAUGUCGCUCAGUCCCCAAGACUACCUACAAGACCCAAUGUACCAAUGUACCCCGUCAACAAUGCCGCAACGUGCCCCGCCAACAAUGCCGUAACGUGCCCCGCCAAUCGUGCACCAAUGUUCCUCAACAGGAGUGCAAGAACGUAUCCCGGCAACAAUGUAGAAACGUUCCGGAGCAACAAUGCCGCAAUGUACCACGACAACAAUGCCGCAAUGUGCCUAAGCAAAAAUGCGUCAAUGUUCCUCAGCAGGAAUGUAAAAAUGUAGCUCGCCAACAAUGCCAAAACGUUCCCAAACAAGAGUGUCGCAACGUUCCUCGAAGGGAGUGCAAGAAUGUUCCUCGCCAACAAUGUCGCAAUGUUCCAGAACAACAAUGCCGCAAUGUUCCGCGACAGCAAUGUGAGAACAAAUGCGUGGAUGCUUAUUGGUGCAAGGUUUGCAACUGACAUUGAACUCAAAUCCAUCAUAACCUGUUUACAAAAAAAGGGGCCACCUUGUCCCAGUUUUUACUAACCCCAUUUCUAGGGCAUUUCUUGUAUCACUGCCAUGACUCACGUGCUUUAAUUCUCAACAAAUUCUUUCCAAUCAAUAAAGGAACGCUGGCUUUUCUGACAGCAUGGUCACAAAAACCUGACUAUGGUAGGAGUUA